CUAACAACCGGUAAUCGGAGACAGAACAGAUAGCAUUCUGGAAAAAACUUAUGCAAGGAUUGAAAAGCCUGAGUAUGGAUAAAUUUGAUAUUCCGAGCUUCAAAUUCAAAUUACUUCCUCCGAGUGAAGUAAGAGAUGAAUGGUUGCGAUACAAACGACACUUUGAGUACCUAGCAUUGGCGAAUGGAGUCACAAAUAAAACCCGUCUCAAAAAUAUUUUUCUCGCCCGUGCGGGACCAGAUGUUCAGGAUGUUUUUAGUAGUAUUCCUGGAGCUGACGUGGAAGAGCGUAUGGGAAUUGAUCCGUUUAAAGUAGCUAUAGACAAGUUUGACGAAUGCUUCUGUCCGAAGCAACAUGAAGCAUACAAAAGAUUUCAGUUCUGGUCCCUCAAGGUACAAGAAAAAGAGGCGCUUGACAAAUUUCUGCUGCGAGCAAUGGAGAUGGCCAGCAAAUGCAAUUUCGGUUCCAAUAAGCAAGAAGCUCAAGAAAUCUGCGUGGUGGAUAAAGUAAUUCUGAUGUCUCCUCCGGAUCUACGAGAAAAGUUUCUACAGCGGGAGAAACUGACGCUGGAUGAUGUCGCGAAAAUAGUUAAUUCACACGAAUCCAUUCGUUACCAAGCCACACAAAUGUCAACUGUAAAUGAUCCACAACGUGCUGGUUCAAGUUAUAUAAACAGGAUUCAACAGACAAUGAAAAAGGUAGAGUGCAUUCGCUGUGGUCGAGCAGGCCAUUUUGGGUCCGACUUUAGCUGCCCUGCCCGUAACAAAUCAUGCGAUAAGUGCGGUAAGCUCGGACAUUUUGCCAACAGCUGUCGAUCUCGACAACAAAAGCAAGGUCAGAAUCGCUACUCAACGAAGCGAGGAGCCGACAAUGCCGAGAUGCACUUGGAGAGAAGGAAUAAACGAUAUCAACAGGUUCGAUUAAUUGAAAACGAUGAACAAGAACGCGUCGAGAAGUAAAAAUCCCAUCAAAGUUCAAGGACUACGUCAUCGUUGAUUAGAUUAUCAAUUUAUUAGAGAAAACCAGAUGUGGUGCCCGACUACCGAUCAUAGAAAUACUAUUAGUACAAAGAGCACAAGUAUAGGACAACACACAUCAUGUAAACUAUGGUAGGACAAAUGAGAAAAAGCCAUUCAAUAAAUACACGAGUAACCGACUGUACAUAA